UCUCCUAGUAUGAACAUAUCUUUCAUUUACAAUAAUGUUCCUCAGAAGAUCAAUGUGAAGCUUCCUCUUACUAUAAACAAGUUCUUUGAGCCUACAGAAAUGAAUGGAGAAUCAUUCUUUGCUCGGUGGAAAAAUCUUGGAGGUGAGAAGCAGCGCGCUCAGAAGAUAUUCAAAGCUUCACCACCCAUGGAUUUGGCAGCUGCCAGAACCAAAGUGAUGGGCUUCGGCAUGCAGUUGCUGGAUGGAAUAGACCCUAAUCCAGACAAUUUUGUCUGUGCUGGAAUUAUUCACGCAAGAUCGUCUCAAAUUGGUUGCCUUUUACGUCUUGAACCUAACAAGCAGGCUCAGAUGUAUCGUCUUACAGUACGGUCGAGCAAGGAAACAGUUUCCCAAGAAAUAUGUGACUUGUUAGCAGACCAGUUUUAGUGAAUUGAUUCAAUGUUGUGUUUCACUUUAAAUAGUCUUCACACAGAUCAUUCAAAACAAAAGUUAAGAUUAGUAUGUUGUCAUUGUUUCAUUUGUGCCAGUUUAUCUACAAAAUUUCUAAUUUUGCUUAGUCAUAAACUUCAAGUUUUGUGGUUGUACAGGCUGGCACAUCAUUUACAGCAAGGUAAACAACACUGAUCUUGAAAUUGGAUCCAUUUAGCUCCAAGGUGAAUGAUUUUCACAUGUAUGAUAUUACUCAUUAGUUCAUAAAUACACACAUUCAUACUGUAUGAAUUUUGUGUCUGUAUGUUGUUAUUGUUAAAGUUGUGGUGAAUUUUAAACAACCUGUACUGCAGAAUCAUCAUAAUCCCGAGUGUUACCUUUAUACUUAUUUUCUCUUUUUAAUUAAUAUUUUUUCAUUGAAUUCACUGUAUUUCUGUAACUGAGCUUUUAUGUGCGAGGUUUCUGUACAAGUCUU